AUGUUCUCCAUCCAGGACAGCCUCCCCCGGGGGGCCCUGACCAUGAAGGAGGAGCCGCUCCCCACCGGCAUGACCCCGGUCCGCUCCUGGAUGCAGGGCGCAGGGAUUUUGGACGCCAACACAGCAGCCCAGAGUGGUGUGGGUCUGGCCCGGGCUCACUAUGAGAAGCAGCCUCCGUCCAACCUGAGGAAGUCCAACUUCUUCCACUUCGUGUUGGCUCUGUACGACCGGCAGGGCCAGCCGGUCGAGAUCGAGAGGACCUCCUACAUCGACUUCGUGGAGAAAGACAAGGAGUACAACGGAGAGAAGACCAACAAUGGAAUCCACUACAGGCUACAGCUCCUCUACAGCAACGGCAUCAGGACAGAACAAGACCUUUAUGUUCGGCUGAUAGACUCCAUGACCAAACAGCCCAUCCUGUACGAGGGACAGGACAAGAACCCUGAGAUGUGCCGCGUCCUCCUCACCCACGAGAUCAUGUGCAGCCGGUGUUGCGACAAGAAGAGCUGCGGAAAUCGCAACGAGACGCCGUCCGACCCCGUCAUCAUCGACAGAUUCUUCCUGAAGUUCUUCCUCAAGUGCAAUCAGAACUGUUUGAAAAAUGCAGGGAACCCGCGGGACAUGAGGAGGUUCCAGGUGGUCGUGUCCACUACAGUCAACGUGGAUGGCCAUGUGUUGGCGGUGUCAGACAACAUGUUCGUCCACAACAACUCCAAACAUGGCCGCCGCGCCCGGCGCCUGGACCCCUCUGAAGCAGCUACGCCCUGCAUCAAAGCCAUCAGCCCCAGCGAGGGCUGGACGACCGGCGGCGCCACCGUCAUCAUCAUCGGGGACAACUUCUUCGACGGGCUGCAGGUGGUCUUCGGCACCAUGCUGGUCUGGAGCGAGCUGAUCACCCCCCACGCCAUCCGGGUCCAGACCCCCCCUCGUCACAUCCCCGGGGUCGUGGAGGUCACGCUGUCCUACAAGUCCAAGCAGUUCUGCAAAGGAGCGCCGGGACGCUUCGUCUACACCGCCUUGAACGAGCCGACCAUCGACUACGGCUUCCAGCGGCUACAGAAGGUCAUCCCUCGCCACCCCGGGGACCCCGAGAGGUUACCUAAGGAAGUGCUGCUGAAGCGGGCGGCGGACCUGGUGGAGGCGCUGUACGGGAUGCCGCACAACAACCAGGAGAUCAUCCUGAAGCGGGCGGCGGACCUCACAGAGGCGCUGUACAGCGUUCCCCGCAGCCACAACCAGCUGCCGUCGCUCACCGGCUCGGCCGCGCACUCCGGCAUGAUGGGAGUGAACUCGUUCAGCAGCCAGCUGGCCGUCAACAUCAGCGAGGCCUCGCAGGGCGACCAGGGUUACUCCCGUAACUCGAACAGCGUGUCGCCCCGCGGCUACGUGCCCAGCUCCACGCCCCAGCAGUCCAACUACAACACCAUCACGUCCACCAUGAACGGCUACGGCGCGGCAGGGAUGACCAACCUGGGAGUGCCCGGCUCUCCCAGCUUCCUCAACGGCUCCACCGCCAACUCCCCGUACGCAAUCAAACAGAAGAGCGCCUUCGCCCCUGUCGUGCGGCCACAGACCUCCCCGCCCCCCACCUGCACCACCACCAAUGGCAGCAGCCUACAGGCCAUGGCAGGUCUCAUAGUCCCGCCCAUGUGAAGAGGAUCAUCGCCCAGCCAGACAGCGUCAGCCCCCCCCACCCCAAC